CCUUUCGGCUUCUGGGACGGCGGCGGCAUCGGCGUUCAGGUUCUAAAUGGCUUCUAAGAAGUUGGGUGCAGAUUUUCAUGGGACUUUCAGUUACCUUGAUGAUGUCCCAUUUAAGAUAGGAGACAAAUUCAAAACACCAGCUAAAGUUGGUCUACCUAUUGGCUUCUCCUUGCCUGAUUGUUUGCAGGUUGUCAGAGAAGUACAGUAUGAUUUCUCCUUGGAAAAGAAAACCAUUGAGUGGGCUGAAGAUAUUAAGAAAAUUCAAGAAGCCCAGCGGGAAGCAGAACGCAGGGCUGAGGAAGCAGAAGCUAAAGUGAAUUCUAAGAGUGGCCCGGAGGGUGACAGCAAAAUGAGCUUCUCCAAGACUCACAGUACCGCCACAAUGCCACCUCCUAUUAACCCCAUCCUUGCCAGCUUACAGCACAACAGCAUCCUCACCCCAACUCGGGUCAGCAGCAGUGCCACCAAACAGAAAGUUCUCAGCCCACCCCACACAAAGGCAGAUUUUAAUCCUGCUGACUUUGAGUGUGAAGAAGACCCAUUUGAUAAUCUGGAAUUAAAAACUAUUGAUGAGAAGGAGGAACUGAGAAAUAUUCUUGUAGGAACCACUGGACCCAUUAUGGCUCAGUUACUGGACAAUAACUUGCCCAGAGGUGGCUCUGGGUCUGUGUUACAGGAUGAGGAGGUCUUGGCAUCCCUGGAGCGAGCAACCCUAGAUUUCAAGCCUCUUCACAAACCCAAUGGUUUUAUAACUUUACCACAGUUGGGUAACUGUGAAAAGAUGUCGCUGUCUUCCAAAGUGUCCCUCCCCCCCAUCCCUGCAGUAAGCAAUAUCAAAUCCCUGUCCUUCCCCAAACUUGACUCUGAUGACAGCAGUGAGAAGACAGCCAAGCUGGCGAGCACUUUCCAUAGCACAUCCUGCCUCCGCAAUGGCACGUUCCAGAAUUCCCUAAAGCCUUCCACCCAAAGCAGUGCCAGUGAGCUCAAUGGGCAUCAUACUCUUGGACUUUCAGCUUUGAACUUGGACAGUGGCACAGAGGUGCCAACCCUGCCCCCUUCUGAUCUGAUCUCCCAGAUGCCUUCCCUCUCUGUCUUGUCUGUAUGCACAGAAGAAUCAUCACCUCCAAAUACAGGUCCUACUACGGUCACACCUCCUAAUUUCUCAGUGUCACAAGUGCCCAAUAAUCCCAGCGGGCCCCAGGCCUAUUCUGAACUGCAGACGCUGUCCCCCAGUGAGCGGCAUUGUGUGGAGACAGUGGUCAACAUGGGCUACUCAUAUGAGUGUGUCUUGAGAGCCAUGAAGAAGAAAGGAGAAAAUAUCGAGCAGAUUCUCGACUAUCUCUUUGCACACGGACAACUCUGUGAGAAGGGCUUCGAUCCUCUUUUAGUGGAAGAGGCUCUGGAAAUGCAUCAGUGUUCAGAGGAAAAGAUGAUGGAGUUUCUUCAGCUUAUGAGCAAAUUUAAGGAAAUGGGCUUUGAACUGAAAGACAUUAAGGAAGUUCUGUUAUUACACAACAACGACCAGGACGAUGCUUUGGAAGACCUCAUGGCUCGGGCAGGAGCCAGCUGAGACCAGGCCCUGCCUAGGCCCUGCCACGGAACCAGCCCCCUGCAGGAGGCCCUGGAGAGCCACCUGUGGGGCACACUUCCAGAUUUUCUUUGGGGUGGGGUGGGGGGUGGAAGUCAGGUGUGGAGACUCUGCUCGCCAGCCUCUGUGAGCCUAGGCCCUGAGCUGAGGAGAAGGUGGGGAGAUUGGGGCAUGUGAACACCCCCAGAACCGUCCUGGUUCCUUCCGUAUUAAACGUAUUUGUAUUUUGAGAAGUGUCCUUCCCACCUUGGCCCUCCAGAGAGACUUCCCUGGUCUUUCUGGGGUUUGUCCUUAGCUGAAACCUGGCCUGGCUGCCUGAAAGAGUCAGGGAGCAAGGUGGGAGGGCCAGACUCAGUGCUGCUUCGGGGCUAGAUGCUCCCCUUCUCUGUGCUGGUGGACUGAACCUCUAACCCCGGUUGCGUGCAAUUGAAAGGUUUUUCCAGGGUUUUGUUUUCAUUUUCCCCCUUUAACAGAGUCUUAGUGUUACACUGGUUCUGGGGCGCCCGAGGCGCAAAGCUGUCCUUUCCCCAAGGGCCCUCGGUUUGCCUCUUCAGCCAGGCAGUGACCAUGCUUUCCUUCCGCAGCCUGUUUGUUCUGGCUUGGUUUGGACCACAAUCCUCGGCUACCCAGGAUUUUUAGGACCCCCUGCUCUAACAGUUGCCGGUUUAAUAAAUCACUGGAUCCUUCCUAGCACAGAGUGGGGGAGAAACAAGCCACGAUUUAGUCGCUCAGCACUAAUUCCACACCUCAGUUCUCCUGGAGAACAGCCUCUCCCUCCAGCCCCCCCGCUCUAGGAUGAUACAACAAAUAAUAACUAGUCAUAGAAAUCAGUCUCUUUUGUUUUGUAUGAUGUUGUACAUCAUUAAAGAUCUAAAUACAAAGGAUAUACAGUCUUGAUGAAUCUAAAGUAAUUUGCUAAUAACUAUUUUGAUUCUUCAGAGAUAACUAAUAAAAAUCUAAAAGGUAUAAAUGCUGCUGUAAUAAUUUAUUGCCAGAGAUGAGUUUACUGUGGGAAGAGGGUGAAUGUGGGUGAAGGGAUUUCCUGCUUAGAUUUGCUCGGGUGGAACAGGCCCUAACUCUCGUGUC